AUGGCAUCCAGCGCUUCCAAUACUGAAGCCGCUCCCCGAAAGCGGAUUAUUCUCAAUGCCUUUGACAUGUUCACUGUUGGACAUUUGUCUUUCGGCCAGUGGCGACGCGACGACGAUAGGUCUGCCACCAAAAGGCGUGAUCUCUCGUACUGGGUGAACCUUGCCAAAGUAUUGGAACGAGGGGACUUCAACAGUCUGUUCAUUGCCGAUACUCUGGGGCAUUAUGAUACAUACAAGGGCAGUGCAGAACCGUGCUUUCGCACUGGUGCGCAAUUUCCAAUGGCGGAUCCGAUAAUUCCUAUCUCGGCAAUGGCUAGUGCAACAAAGAAUUUGGGCUUCGUCAUAACUGGAUCGACAUCUUAUGAAGCUCCCUACCUAGUAGCCCGAAGGUUCUCUACGGUUGAUCAUUUGACAGGCGGUAGAUUUGGAUGGAAUAUUGUUACGUCUUGGAAGGCGUCGGCAGCAAAGGCUGUUGGAUUGUCGUUGGUAGAGCACGAUAAACGCUACUUGAUUGCUGAUGAAUACCUGCGAAUACUAUAUCAGCUAUGGGAAGGGAGCUGGGCCGAUGACGCACUGCAAGAGAAUAAAGAAGACGAAAUCUACGUCGAUAUCAAUCGGAUCAAGACAGUCAACUACCACAGCUCCACGUUCUCUGUCGAAGCACCUCACGUCGUCGACCCGUCACCGCAAAGGACACCGUUCUUGUUCCAGGCGGGGACAUCCGCGGCUGGUACCUCAUUUGCUGCAACGCAUGCGGAAGGUAUUUUGGUGUCAGGAUUAUCACCACAUAUUCUAGCUCCACGCAUCAAAUCCCUACGCGACAAGGCAGCUGCGCAAGGGCGCGAUCCUCAGUCAAUCAAGAUCUUUGCCGUGAUCACCCCAAUUGUAGGCGCAACAGACGACGAAGCCCAAGCAAAAUACGAGAAAGCACUUCAAUACGCUAGUUCUGAGGGUGGACUUACAUUUGCUUCUGCAAAUUUGGGCAUAGAUCUGAGUCAGUUCGACCCAGACGUUGAAAUUUCCACCUCCGAUGUCCAGCUAGACUCUCGAGUACAUUCUUUCGUCAGCAAUCUAGAGUAUCACGGCGCUGAACUGCCGAAAUGGACCCCAAGGAAUAUUGGCAAAAUCAUCGCUAUCGGUGGGAAUGGACCGGUGCCUGUAGGCUCACCGGCAACGGUUGCAGAUUUUAUGGAAGACUGGAUGGCAGUGGCAGAUCUGGACGGAUUUAAUGUUGGGUAUGUGACAACCCCAGGAACGUUCGAGGACGUUGUAGAUCUUCUUGUGCCAGAGUUGAGGAGAAGGGGCAUAUAUGCGCCAGUCGGUGAAAGUGGCACGAUGAGAGAGCGUUAUCUGGGCCAGUCGCAUGUGCGAUCCGACCAUGUUGCGAGUGGCUAUAAGUUCGGACUCAAUAUGCCUUCCACCGCUGGGCCCGACGAGUAUCAUUCAUCCAGUGAACCUGAAAUCUCCAAACAUCCAUCUGAUCAGGCACUCACACGAUGGCAGAAGAUUGAAAACAUCAUUUGGGAUGGUGGUGAGCGGAGUGAGGAGGAAAGGCGCCUUGUUCGCAGACUCGAUAUUUUUAUUAUGAAAAAGGAGCUGGGCGACUGUCGGCUAUUUCGUUCGCUUGUUAGAUUGGGCAAACCAAAUGCGUACGUGUCCGGCAUGAAGGAAGACCUGAACUUUGAGGGCGCGGAGUACAACUAUCUUUCGAGUUUCUUUAUUAUUGGAUACUGUCUCGGCCAAAUACCCUCUCAGCUUAUUCUUACAAGAGUCCGCCCUUCCUACUGGCUACCCACAUGUGAGCUUCUAUGGACAAUUACGACUUUCUGUUUUGCUGCUGUACAAAACGUGAGAGAUGUGCUCGCUCUUCGAGUUGUACUAGGAUUUUUGGAAAGUCCAUUUGCUGUUGGCGUCUUAACAAUUAUGGGAAGUUGGUAUACGCCUCGAGAGCUUUCCAAACGAAUCGCUAUAUUCUACUCCGCUUCAUACGCUGCUAGCAUGUUUAGUGGCUAUCUCCAAGCUGGCAUAUAUAAGGGUAUGGACGGUCACCUUGGGCUUGCAGGAUGGCGAUGGCUGUUCAUCUUCUGUGGCGUCAUAUCCCUGCCUUUCAGCAUCUACGGAUAUUUCGCAAUUCCAGAUAAUCCGUACACGAGCAAAGCACGGUGGUUGAAGGAGGAACAACGUGAGCAUGCCCGCACGCGGAUGGAGGCCUUCGAUAGACGUGCUCCCGUCAAGCUCUCGUGGGCAAAGGCUAAAAAGAUUCUGACCCACUGGCCCAUCUACGCUUUUACUGCAACACUUAUAUUUCAGUGUAUCGUUACUCAACCGCUCAAUUACUUUGCUGUCUGGCUCAAGGCGCUGGAUAAAUUCUCAGUAUAUCAAAUCAAUUUGAUACCCACGGGCGCGCAGGCUGUAGGGCUAGUCACCACCCUGGCAUACAGUUGGCUAUCUGAUGGGCUAGGUGGGAAGAGAUGGGAAGUCCUUCUCAUUCCUGGGCUAGUCAAUCUGGUAGGCAUGAUCAUUGUGGCCAUUGGGCCCGGAUUUGGUGCAACGCUUUUCGGGUAUCUGCUCAACGGAGCGAGCUGGGGGUUUUGGCCCGUUCUAUAUGCAUGGGCAAACGAAAUCUGCGCUUCCGACCCCGAAGAGAGAGCCAUUGUCAUUGGUGUUGCGCAGACUUUUGGGCAGGCUUUUAUCGCGUGGGUUCCAAUUCUCAUACUUAAUACUUCAAAGUAUGCUCCCAAGUUUACGAUGGGGUACAGUAUCAUGUGCGGAUUUAGUUUCCUACAGAUAGCUAUGAUUUUCGUCAUAAAAUGGUGUGCUGACAGAGAAUCACACCAUCGACGAGGCCUCGACGAGCAGAACGAGGAGGACGAUAGGAUUUCUCAACAGAUCCAUACAACUUCUAUCCAGGACCUCAAAAAUUGA